UGUUGCAUUGUGGGGCUUAUUUCGUUGAUCGUGAAGAGAGUGGGUGAAGUAAAGAAAUAGCUUUAGACUCUAAAAUAAAUACACUCGUGCUUCGGCGGAACCCGUACGCUGGUUGUUCUUAUAUGCGGCAGGUUGAGAAUGAACAGACGAAGUUAAAUCAUGCUUAUCAACACGAACAGGAAUAACAGCAGCAUCGAUUUGUGGAUGUGGAGACUCCGCGUAAACUAAUUAUCCUAAAGAAAACAACACCGUCUGAAUCUCCACACAAAGCUGUGGGUGUUUCCCGUUAUUAGACUACCAAACCUCCUCGCCCGGUUCCAGUACUACUGAAACUGAAGCAUCUCUGCAGCUCAUCCCUCAUGGCCUCUUCAUCGGGCAACGACGAUGAUCUGACGAUCCCUAGGGCGGCGAUCAAUAAAAUGAUUAAAGAAACACUUCCCAAUGUGCGAGUAGCGAACGAUGCCAGAGAACUGGUGGUGAACUGCUGCACGGAGUUCAUCCACCUUAUCUCAUCGGAGGCCAACGAGAUUUGCAAUAAAUCAGAGAAAAAGACUAUAUCUCCAGAGCAUGUUAUAAACGCACUUGAAAGUCUAGGUUUUGGGUCAUAUAUCGCAGAGGUAAAAGAUGUUCUGCAGGAGUGUAAAACGGUAGCACUUAAACGGAGGAAGGCCAGCUCUCGACUAGAGAACCUUGGCAUUCCUGAGGAGGAACUUCUCCGUCAACAGCAGGAAUUAUUUGCCAAGGCACGGCAGCAGCAGGCUGAAUUGGCACAGCAGGAGUGGUUACAGAUGCAGCAGGCUGCUCAGCAGGCACAGUUAGCGGCAGCUUCAGCCAGUUCAGCUCAGCAGGCUGGAUCUUCCCAGGAUGAAGAUGAAGAGGACGAUAUGUGAUUCCCGGCAGGCUUUCGUUGAAGCACACAGAUUGAUUGAUAUACAUUUACAGACACGUAUUUUCUCCCACACACAUUGUCCUCCUGAAACCAUAGCAGAGAGGGACCUCUGCAGUGUUGUCUACUAUAUAAACAAUCCAUCAGUAUCGAUUCAUACUGACUAUUCAGGAACACUCAUGGGUGCUAUCCUGUGAUUCGUUGCUAUAUUUGCCUCUCCUCACAUGUUAAGAAUUAUUAGCUCUUGAAAAUCCUUUUUUCUUGUUUUUUUCCUCGUUAUUUCUAAAAUUAUUGAAAGUUUCACCAUGUGUAUGUGACAAGGAUGUAAUGUGAUGAGUCAUGUUAAAUCAUGUAGUGAGGCACACCACGUCAUUUGUUCUUGGUUAACUUCAAAAGCCAGUGUUUUAACUCACUGCCACCUGUUUUAGACAUAAUUAUCUUCUACUUUUUCUUUGUAAAAUAGCGUGAGACAUAUUUAGUGAAUCAUUUUUUGGACAUUUAUUUUGACAGGAGUUUAUCCCCGCUCUAUUUCUCUUUGUUCUCUGGAUGAGAGGAGAAAAGAGAAGUGAUUUGUAAUGUAGAACGUUGCUUUUUUUCACAUUUUAGUUGAGUGAGAAUAAAGAAUAUAUGUAGAUAGGCUUUUACCUGACCUUUUUUCAGAACAGUAUUCAAAGACAAACAACUCAAACUAUUUAAGGAAUAAUAUCUGACUUAUAGUACCAAAGACAGACAAAACUAUGAACUUUAGUCAGUUAGGUGAGCAGAAAUCUAUUGUUAUUUGCUCUUUUUAUGAAAGAAGCGUGUCAGUGCUAAACCAUAAUGUGGAUUUUGUCAACCUGUUGAUGGCUACACUCACUUUGUACAAUGUUUUGAUAGAUUUUUUCCAGGUGCAAUGUGUAAAAGUUCCAUUGUGGAUGUGUGGUUUAUUCUUAUCUUGUGAUGACUGGUAAGGUGUUGGUGAAAAGCUAAUUCACAUGCCUUUGCAAAAGCUGUAUUCUCUAAGCAAUAAAAUAACCCCCUUUUAUAGA